AUGGAAGAAUUAGAUACUCCCCAAGUAAUUACACAUAUUGAACAUAAUAUUAACCAUUCCAUAUUCGACUGCAAAUGGAUUCCUUGUUCAGCAAAGUUUGUUGUUAUCGGUUCUUUGCCAAAAGGAACUGGUACAUUAGAAGUGUAUGAAAUCACGUCUGGUGAAAUCCGGAAGAUAAAGGAGAUAGAGAGGCCAAACUCUUUUAAAUGUGGAACGUUUGGCGCAAGCAAUGAUGUUGAAAGAAGAUUAGCAACUGGUGAUUUCAAAGGCACUUUAGAAAUAUGGGAUCUGGAAAAAAGUUGCCAAAUGUAUAUUACAAAGGAGCACACAGAUAUUAUAAAUUCUAUUGAUGGAAUGGGCGGGAAUGUCAAUAACUGUGGUGCCCCUGAAAUUGUUACUGGCAGUCGUGAUGGUACAGUAAAAGUAUGGGACCCUCGCCAAAGAGGGAAGCCAGUAGCAAAUAUGCAACCAGUUAAAGGGGAAUCAAAGCGUGACUGCUGGGCGGUCUCCUUUGGUAACUCCUUCAAUGAUGCGGAGAGGAUCGUAGUUGCUGGUUAUGACAAUGGAGACCUUAAGAUGUUUGAUUUAAGGACCAUGUCUCUUCGCUGGGAAUGUAAUUUGAAAAAUGGAGUAUGCUCAACUGAAUUUGAUCGCAAAGAUAUUCCUAUGAAUAAACUGGUUGCAACUACUUUAGAAGGAAAGUUCCAUGUUUUUGAUGUUAGAACACAAAAUCCUACGAAAGGUUUUGCUCAAGUGUUAAAUAAUGACGCGAAAAGUGGUACGAUAUGGGUGGCGCGCCAUGUACCCCAAAAUCGAGACAUAUUUAUCUCAUGUGCUGGCAAUGGUCAAGUUUCUUUGUGGAAAUAUGAAUAUCCUGAACACAGAUACCAUGUAGACCACCAAGGAGUAUCCAGUGGUGUGCCAGGGAAAUUGAACGUCUUCAGCGUAUGGUCGUCAGCUCACAACCUAUAA